AUGGGAAACCAGAGGAGCCCUCUUCUUCUUGCACUUGUCUCUGUCUUCUUUUAUUCCUCAGCCGUCUUAGCUGCUCCAGUACUGACAUACAAUGUGGUCAGUUUGGGAGCCAAAGCAGACGGAAAGACGGACUCCACCCUGGCUUUCCUUGCUGCAUGGACGAAAGCUUGCGCCUCCGUAACCGCCACCACCAUUUACGUGCCGGCGGGAAGAUUCUAUCUUCGCCAGGUGGCUUUCAACGGGCCAUGCAGGUGCAAGGCGAUCUUCAUCCGCAUUGACGGCACGCUUGUGGCCCCAUCGGACUAUAGGGUCCUCGGAAAUGCCGGUAACUGGCUCGGCUUCAGCCACGUGAACGGGGUUACAUUAUCUGGUGGGAUUCUUGAUGGCCAAGGCACUGGUUUGUGGACUUGCAAGGCCUCCGGCAAGAGUUGCCCCAGCGGAGCAACGACACUGCAAUUUUCCAACUCCAAGAACAUCGUGGUGAGUGGAUUGACCUCCCUAAACAGCCAAAUGUUCCACAUCGUGGUCAAUGGCUGCAAGAACGUGAAAAUGCGAGGCAUCAAGGUCACCGCCAACGGCAAUAGCCCAAACACUGAUGGCAUUCAUGUGCAAUUAUCGUCAGGUGUCACGAUCCUCAACUCCAAGAUUCAGACCGGCGAUGAUUGCAUCUCAAUUGGCCCUGGUACUACCAACCUGUGGAUUGAGAAUAUUGCUUGCGGACCUGGCCAUGGAAUUAGCAUUGGGAGUCUAGGCAAGGACUUAAAAGAGGCUGGAGUGCAGAAUGUGACAGUGAAAACAGCUACUUUCACUAAUACUCAAAACGGAGUGAGGAUUAAGUCUUGGGGAAGGGCAAGCAAUGGUUUUGCUAGGAAUAUUCUUUUCCAAAAUGCAUUUAUGGUGAAUGUCCAAAAUCCCGUUGUAAUUGAUCAAAAUUAUUGCCCUGGCAACAAAGGUUGCCCUGGACAAGUUUCAGGUGUAAAAAUUAGUGACGUGACAUACCAAGAUAUCCAUGGAUCAUCUGCGACUGAAGUUGCUGUGAAAUUUGAUUGCAGUGCAGGAAACCCCUGCAACAGAAUAAAGUUAGAGAAUGUAAAGUUAACUUAUCAGAAUCAAGCAGCUGAAUCCUCCUGUAGCCAUGCAGUCGGAACAUCUUCUGGUUUAGUCCAACCCACAAGUUGCUUCUAG